GUUCGAACGUAGGUCAGCUCAGUGCAGAGUGGAUUUUAAACCGAAAUGCGCGAAGUGUUAAUUAAACGUUCUUUUGAUAAUGCUAUAAUCCAUAAUGUGUACCUAGGUUGCGUGUUGUUAAGUAAUUAUUAUUAACUGAGGUCCCCCUCUUGAUUAUAAAUACACUGAAUGAGUCGCGCGGACACUUACUACCGUUUCAGUUUGGCGAGUUAGAAUUGCGGAUGGUGAUUUAAAACAAUAGUGUUCUCGAUUUUUAAAAAAAAUGAACGCGAAGGAGGACAAAAUUAGAAGUGCGAGUCCUUUGAAGUGCUGCCAAAGUACUUCAAUGACUUCGUUGACGUCUAAUGGUGAUUUGUGCGAGGCGAAAAAUACGUACAUGCCGAAUUUUGAAAAUCAUUUAGAGGUGCAUAAUAAUAAUUACAAUUUUCACGCGAAUCAACAGCAGUUUAAGAAGCACACCUUUCCGAAACGUCCGCCGGCAAAUCUGCACUUCGAUGAGAUUACCUACGACACUUGGAGUUGGUCCAUGACAAGCUUUCCAAGAGAAAAAAAGCGCAUCCUUCAUGGAGUCUCCGGAGUGUUUAAAUCCGGCGAGCUUUCGACGAUCAUGGGACCGUCGGGCGCGGGUAAGACGACUCUGCUCAAUGUACUCGCGGGAUACGUUACAAGGGGCAGCUCAGGUGUCGUACGCAUCAAUGACAGUGUAAGAGACGGAAGCGACCGAUUUCGUAAAUUGACGGCCUAUAUUCCGCAAGAAGAGGAGCUGAGGUUGAACCUAACCCCAAUUGAAGCCAUGAAUUUUGCUGUUCAUUUGAAGUUAGGCUAUACGAUGUCGAUCAAAGCCAAAGUUGAGCACGCAAAUGAACUUCUCGAAAUGUUGGGACUUGAAGAAUGCCAUCACACACUAACAGGACGUCUCUCAGGUGGACAACGCAAACGACUUGCGAUCGCGUUGGAACUAAUCAGCAAUCCACCCCUAAUAUUCUUGGACGAGCCUACUACGGGAUUGGAUAGCUUGUCAUGCAGCCAGUGUGUAUCACUACUGAAGCGUUUGGCCCAAGAAGGACGAACAAUCAUCUGCACAAUUCACCAACCUUCCGCAUUGAUAUUUGAAAUGUUUGACCAACUGUAUGCGCUCGCUGACGGCAAUUGCAUUUUUCAAGGGCCUGUAGCAGAAUUGGUACCACACUUGGCCUUGGUCGGACUACAAUGCCCCCCUUACCACAAUCCAGCGGAUUUCUUGAUGGAGGUUUCAAGUGGCGAAUACGAGAGGGAUCUCCAAAAGCUAACCAGUAUUGCCAAAGCAAGUAGGCAAAGUAAAGAUAAGGACCUACUGGCCGUCACUAAUACGGAUAUUACGGAGAUAGUCGAUAGCGUAAUUGCAAAACCCGCAUCGCCGUUGGUGCAGUUCUUCCUGUUGUUCAAAAGAAAUUUCCUUUGCACUCGACGCAACUACAUUUACCUGCUCAAUCGAGUUGCGGCCCACAUAAUUAUUGGUCUCAUAUUUGGAUACUUAUACCGAGGGGUUGGUAAAGGUGCAAACACCGCGUUGGCUAAUUACGCUUACUUGUACGGAUCUAUGCUGUUAAUUGUUUAUACGGGGAAAAUGUCCGUGACGUUAUCUUUUCCUUUAGAAAUGCGAGUUCUGCAAAGAGAGCACUUUAACCAAUGGUACCAACUUCUACCCUACGUAUUAUCGGUCUUGCUGCUGGAGGUGCCGUUACAGAUAUUAUGCUCAUGGUCUUACAUUGCGAUUAGCUACUGGCUAACGGAACAACCCUUUGAUUUUCGAAUCUACUUCUUCUUGAUAUUCUGUACGUUGAGCACCCUCUGCGCGCAAUCUUGGGGCUACUUCAUCGGGGCAACGACACCAAUAAAGAUCGCCGUCUUCAUCGGCCCAGUACUAGCCUGCCUGUUUUCCGUAUUCGGCUUCUGCAUACGUUACUAUGACACGCCGGUCCUUUUUAGGUGGAUGUUCCACAUUAGCUACUACAGAGCCGGAUUUCAGAGCGUCGUUUACGGUAUCUACGGUUUCAAUAGGACCGCCUUGGACUGCCCUGACGAAUUGCUAUACUGCCACUAUCGACAACCGCAAAAGAUCCUGCAGGAAAUGGGCACCGAGGACAUCAGUUUGACUGCGAACGCGUCUUUAAUAGUAUUUGUAGGUUGUCUAAUGCACGUUCUCACGUAUAUAUCUUUGUGGGUGAAGUUAAACAAGCGAUAGCCUGUAGAGUGUCUACUAUUAAAUCAAAAUGUGAUAUUAUACAAAGACUAGAUAAAUAAUAGUAUUGUUUGUAAGAUUUUUGUAUUAGAGAAGCCAAAGAUUUAUGUUCUAGGUAGGUACCUGUUUUCCUAGUUCUGUAUUUCAUGUUCAUUAAAGCUCUAUAGUUUUGUAUUUCAGAUGUACAAUAUCAAAAAAUUUAAUUGUG